AGAGGAACAGCGGAGGCCCCUCUCCGAGUCUCAGGCUUCGAGUCUGGGACUUGGUGAGAGGAACCCGGGAGGAGCUUUCUCCUCCUAUCCCUCAGCCCUUCUUUAGCUCAGGGAGGCUGGCAGAGGCGCGGAGCUUUAGAAAGUUCUUAAGUCGCUGCUGCUUUUUCUUUUCUUUUCUUUUCUUUUCUUUUUUUUUCCGCCUUCGGGCUCAGGUGGAGCUGGGAUCUUCGGACCCAGCUUCUCAUCUUGAAAGGUGUACCGCUCCUCGGCUUCCGCAGCCCAGGCGCGUCGGAGCCGCUCUCUGCAGAGCCAGGGAGCAGGUCGGCCUCUCGGGGUGCGCCUGAGGAUGGAUCGUAGGUCCCGGGCUCAGCAGUGGCGCCGAGCUCGCCACAGCUACAACGACCUGUGCCCGCCCAUCGGCCGCCGAGCAGCCACCGCGCUCCUCUGGCUCUCCUGCUCCAUCGCGCUCCUCCGCGCCCUGGCCACCUCCAACGCUCGCGCCCAGCAGCGCGCAGCUGCCCAGCAGCGCCGGAGCUUCCUUAACGCCCACCACCGCUCCGCUGCCCAGGUGAUCCCCGAGCCCCCCGAGUCUGACCACGAGAGCGAGGACGCCGACUCCGACCUCGACCUGUCCAUCCCCGAGUGUCUUGAGUACGAGGAAGAGUUCGACUACGAGACCGAGAGCGAGACGGAGACCGAGUCCGAACUCGAGACCGACUUGGAGACCGAGCCCGAGACCGCCCCCACCACUGAGCCCGAGACCGAGCCUGAGGACGAGCGCGGCCCCGUGGUGCCCCAGCGCCCCACCUUCGGCCAGUCUCUCACUGAGCGUCUGCACGCGCUGAAGUUGCGAAGCCCCGACGCCUCCCCGAGCCGCGCGCAGCCCAGCACUCAGGAGCCCCAGCGCCCCACCGAGGGGGAGGAGCCCCAGCCUGAGGAAAAGGACCCGCGGGACCCCGAGGAGACCGAAGAACCCAGAGCGGAGGAGAGCAAGCAGCAGCGCCGCUGCAAGCCGCGGAAGUCCGCCCGCCGCGACCCAUCUCCGGAGUCCCCUUCCAAGAGGGGACCCAUCCCCAUCCGGCGUCACUAAUGGACGACGCCGUCCAGAUUCUCCUUGUU